CACUCUCUGCUUCCAGAUCCUCCCCCUCUCCCUCCUUUUCUGUCCCCCCUCCCUUUGCCUAUAACUUCCCACUGUUCAUUAGUCCGGCAACACUCAAGUUUAACUUCAGAGCACAGCCUAUCAGCAAUCCCUCGGAGGACCUUUCUCACACCUGUCCAGAUACAGUCGGCAGACACGCAGCGUCAGAGUGUCCUUCACACUCUUACUGAUACCUGGGUCAUUCAACGCCUGCGGCGACAAGAAGGAAGGCAAAAUCAGUUACGGAGAAACAGAAGCCGGGCCAUGAGGUAACACAGAGGACAGUCUAUUAACAGUAAAAGGAGCAUGGGAAGGGGCUUGUGGAAGUCAGGGCGCAGCCCUGCGUUUUGGGGUUGCCUGACCACCACGCCGCUGCUGCUGCUGCUGGUCUGCCUGCCAGAGCCAGGGACAUGUCAGGCGUUGUGUCCAUCUCAAGACACCCCAAAGACUUUGUCGGAGCCCCGCUAUGUCCCUCUCCCGAAUCUGGACCUGGACACUGGCUUCAUGACGGGGAUUGUGCAUUCUUUCCUGGGCCUUGUCCAGCCUAAUCCUUUUCCUAAAGAUCUGUUGGUCAGACUUGUAGAGGACACCACACAGAUCACAAACCAGGAGAUGAUACAAGAGAUGCUCCGCUAUGAGAUCGGCUUCCUGGUGUGUGUCGCCAUCGGGGUCCUCUACAUCGUGCUCAUGCCCUUGGUCGGCUUCUGCUUUGCCUGCUGCCGCUGCUGUGGCAAUUGUGGAGGCCACAUGUACCAGGAGCAGACCAAGAGCAUCACCUGCAGGAGGAGAGGCCUCUACUGGGCCACCCUCAUCAUCACCCUCGUCAUACUGGCAGGCAACAUUUGCAUGUUUGCCAGUAACGAGUCGACCAAGAAGAGCGUGGAGAAGACGCCACAGAGACUGAACACCACUCUGACCAACCUUAAUAUGUAUUUGACUGCAGUACCAGAGCAAAUCACUUCUGUGGUGAACAAGAGCUCUCAGACUGUGGACACCGUUAGCAACAACUUAAACGACAUCGGCCCCUUGCUCGGCAGAGAGAUCCAGAAGGGUCUGGAAGGGCCACUGAACCCUGCACUGGAAUCUGUCCGGAGCUUGGCCCUAGAGGUGGACCGCACCAGUAUAGAGCUGAACCAUCUGAAUUCCAGUCUCGGGCAGCUCCAGUCGGAACUGGCUGUUCUGCAGGCCAACCUGACCGCCGUGCGGGACCGGAUCAACGCCACGCUCCAGAAGCCGGCCUGCUUUGGCUGCAGUGGACUGCAGUCUGAGCUGGAGCAGCUGCCUGUGGACACAACCCUUAAUACCCCUGAUUUGAGCGAGUUUCAGUCAGCGGUGGAUAAGGCCCAGGAGGCUAACCUGGAAUCGGUAGUGAAGGAAGGCAAAGACUUCUUUGACACUAUACCAAAAAGGGUGACAAAUGAAACUAAAGACACGGUGCAAAGUGUUAAGAAUAAGCUGGACAGCAUCAAGACCCAGAUCUCACAAGUGACGAAUGAUAUUCCACUCAGCACACUGGAAGAGAUCUCACAGGAGAUCACCACUGCACAGGGCUACGUUGACCUAUAUAGUCCUGAUGUAGAGAAUGCUGAAAAAUACAGGUGGAUUGUGGGAGUGAUUCUGUGUUGUCUGAUCCUGCUGGUGGUCGUGUGCAAUCUCCUGGGUCUCCUUAUGGGUCCGGCCGGCCUGAAGCCCAAGGCUGACCCCACGGAACGCUCCGGCACCGCAGACUGCGGAGGCACCUUCUUCAUGGCAGGUGUUGGUUUCAGCUUCCUGUUCUCGUGGAUCUUCAUGUUGCUUGUUUUGAUCCUCUUCCUGGUCGGGGGAAACAGCUACACCCUCAUCUGUAAGCCAUGGAGAGACCAGGAGCUCUAUCAGUUCAUCGACACGCCAGGAUUGAUCCCCGGGUUUAAUCUCUCUGAAUCUCUGGGCCUGAAGACACAGCUGACCCUCUCAAAUAUUAUCAGUGACUGCAAUGAGAACAAGUCUCUUUGGAUCACACUUCACCUUGAUGAGCUUAUUGACCUGAAUGAGUUCCUGAAUGUCUCCAAGUACACAGAAGAGAUCAGGCAGAGCUUUGAGAACACUAAUAUCUCCAUAUCAACGGUUACUCUUCUGAGCCCCGACAUUGUGGCCCAGUUAGAGAGCUUCUCAGGGCAAGCAGAAAGUGUCAACUUCAACAGUGCCAUAGAUCAGAUCAAUACAUUUUCCACUUUUGGGGCAAAUCUGACAACAAUUGCUGACAAAUUGGAGCAGUUAGCAGAUGUGCAACCUGACCCUGGUGUGGAGGCAGAGUUGCGUCAGGAGGCAAUUGACAUGAGAAGCAUCAGUAAUGAAUUCAAUGAUACCAUCAAGCCACAGCUACAAGAAGUCAAAUCUUCAGCUGAACUCCUAAGUGCCACUGCCUCACAGAUCAAUGAAACGGUUGGGGGCGUCCUGCAAAAGGUUGGAGCAGCUCAGAACUUUCUGAACAGCAACACAUCGCAGAUAGUGAAGAACGAAAGCAGGGACUUUCUGGACUGUCAACUGACAUUCUUUACUGCUUUCGCUGAUUGGGCCAACAUAACGAUCACACAGAAGUUGGGUCAGUGUGGUCCGGUUGCACAGGCUGUGAACUCAGCAGAAACCAUUGUCUGCACACACCUAGUCGAAUCUCUGAAUGCCUUUUGGUUCAGCCUGGGCUGGUGUAUGCUCUUCCUCAUCCCAAGCAUCAUUCUCUCCGUCAAACUGGCCAAGUUCUACCGCAGGAUGAAGGAGACUGAUUUCUUCGAGAACCCCAUACCUUUGACCACUUUUCCACGUGCAGCCAUGAUGAAGCCAUACUGAGAGGCAGAGUGGGAUACAGGGUUUGGACUUUCCUACAGUCGUCCUCAGGGAAUCCAACAUGGCCGCCCUUCUUGUCAGGACACAAAUUACUCUAUGCACACGCACACACACACGCGCGCACAGCAAAAUGACCUCAAACCUCAUCCAAAUAAUAAAUGGCCAACUCCAAUACUUUUUUAGGUGAUUCAUGCCACUUACAUAUGCAAAAAUAUGAGUUGCAUGAGUGUAGAAGUUACUUGGAUGUCCUGUUGCUAUACAUCAGAAGUCUGUCAAAGAUUUCAUUUUCAUGUGCUCUCCUUUCUGAUUUUGCACAGUUACAUUGUUUUUGUACAAAUAUUUUUGUAAUUAUGACUGUACAUGUUUGUUAAUGGAAAAAAAUGUGAUUUAUUUUAUACACAGGAAAUUUAAGAAUACGCAUUUCAAAGCACUUUACUUGAUCCUUACAAUAACAGCAUAAGUCUAAAUGGAAGUCUGACAAGCAUUGUGCAAAGAUACUGUAUUAAAUUAAAAGAUACUACUGACUGAA